AUGGGAGCUAUUUUUUAUUUUAUUGGGCAAAAAUUUAUCGGGCCUAUUUAAUAAUCUUAAAUUUUGAAAAAAAUUUUUAAGUUAAAACUAAUUAAAUUAAUAUAUAUCAUGAAUCGACAAUCAAUAAGAAUGUUUAAACCUUUAAGAGGAAGACCAAGAAAAAGUGCAUAGAAGGAUUACUUUUGUUAAAAUGAGGAAGAAUAUAUUGCUGAUGAUUCUUAAUGUGUCAAACUAAUUUUCUUAUUGGCUAAUCUAGCCAGCUAUAAAAUAAAAAUAAAAACAGGGCCUAAAUAAUUAAUUGAUAAAAAUGAGGAAAAAUAAAAAUGUGAGAUUCAAAAAGACAUAAAUUAGGCCUUUGAAGAUUUUUAAAUUUUUAAGAAAGAAUAUUUUUUUUUAUCAAAUUAAAAAAAGAAUUAUUAGUUUGAAAAUAAUAUUCUAGUAGAUAAAACAGUGUAUAAAUGUAUAAAGAAAAGUUAGUUUAACCCACAAUUACAUAAUUUAAUCGCUAAACUAAAUAUUGUUUUUAAAUUACUAGAUUCUGAAUUUAUUGAAGUUCUUGAAAAUAUAUUUUAAAUCUAUUCAACUUAAUUUGAUAUGGAAGCAGACUAAGUUUCUACAGUAGAUCAUAUUAUUUAAUAGAUAAGAAAUCCAAAUAAUUUUGAAAAAUUUUAAUAUUUAUUAUUAUGGGAAACUUUAAGAAACAUUUCUAAAGAAAUCCGAAUUGAUAGAAUUGAAGCAGAAUUAAAUAAAUAAAGAUUAAAAAUAAGCGAGAAAACUUCCAAAAAAGUUAUAUAAAAGCAAAAAUAAUUUAUUUAAAUCCAAGAAAAUUAAAUAAUGGAAGAAAAAUUUAUGGAUCCAAUCACAUAUUUAAUCACUAAAUUGGUUCAAAUCUUUGAUGACAUUGUCUUUAACAAUUAUAAUUCUGAAGAAAAUUACUGA